ACUGAACAUAUCUCUCAACAAAUAAAAUUGAGACGACAAAUAUUUUCGGUGGAACUUUUCCAUUUCGUAGCUGAUAAAAAAUAAGUUAAAAAACAAUUAUUAUAAACAAUUCUAAUAGAAAAAUUGUGAAAGUAACAUAAAAAUCUGAAAGAUAAAUAGUUUGCCAAAAAAUACAACUUUAUUUAAUUAAUAGAAACUGCAGCAAAUAAAAACACAAAAGUGGAACAGAGUCGUAAAAUUUUAGUAGAAAAAAAAAAACGGACACGCAACCAAAAGACGAACAACGAUUAGAUGAAUGGCUGGCUGGCUAGUUGGUUGGUUGGUAAAAAGGUAUUGGUACUAAAUUAUGGAAGGAGGUGGUGGCGAGGCAGAUAAACAAUUGAUAGAAGAGUCUAAAUCAGCCGUUAAAGAGGGAGACGAAUGGUGAGAAAAACACACAAGGAAGACCUUGAAAAUAUAACAAUAAACAACAAUAAGAACAUAAAAUAGAAAUUAAAAUAAGAAUAAGUAAGAAAGAAGAGAAAUUUUGAGAAAUAAAAACAAAAUAAAAAUACAUAAGUGAUAAAAUAAAUAAAGUGUAUAAAAUAUUACGGAUAAUAUAAAAGAACAGUGCUACGAAAUAAACAAAUAACGAAAAAAACAGAAUAUAAUAAACAAUAACAAAAAAGGAAAAGAAUAAAAAAUUACGAGUUAAGGGGUCAAUGUGAGCAGAGCAGAUAGAUAGGAAAAGGCGCAAAGAGAAACAAAUCAAAUAAUGACGACUAUGCCAACACAAACUUUAGUGCAACCCAUUAAAAUUGCAGUUAAAAAUAUGGCUAAUACGCAAAAUACAACGUCGCCCUCCACGUCCCCUAAAACAGCUAGCGUUGUACCUACACCAAUUGCUUCGCCCUCAGAAACAGACACAGCAUCAACUGUUAUAAAUGGUCGUGAAGCACGAAAUUUAGCAGAAAAACAACGUAGAGAUAAAUUGAAUGCCAGCAUUGGUGCAUUGGCAAAAAUGGUACCACAUGCAGCCGAUUCACCAAAACGUCUAGACAAAACGGGGGUUCUUCGUUUGACCACCCAUGGACUGCGACUGCAGUAUGUAUUUGGCAAAUCGGCUGCACGUCGAAAAAUGCUACACAAAGGCGAUAGUCAUGUAAUGGCAAACACUUUACUACAUCUGCUGGACAGUUUCUUUAUAACACUCACUUGUCACGGGCAAAUAGUGUUGAUAUCAUCCAGUGUUGAACAUUUGUUGGGUCACUGUCAAUCCGACCUGUAUGGUCAAAAUCUUCUGCAAAUUACACAUCCAGAAGAUCAGGAAAUGUUACGACAAGAAUUGAUACCCAGUGAUAUUGAAUCAUUGUUUUUUGAUUAUCAUAAUUCUACAAAAACAUCCUCCUCCACCUCCACAUCAUCGUCAUCAACAUCUCCCAGCUUCUCGCAAGAACAACAACAUCGUUCCUACACAACAUCUCAUCCGCACCAACCUGAUGAAGACGAUCAUAAUCACCAUCAUUUGGAAAAUGAUGAAAACUAUUUGGCUGAAAUUGAUGAAAAACUACGGGCAGAUAAGCGUUGUUUCACUGUGCGUUUAGCUAGAGCUUGCACUCGUUCAGAAUCCAAAAAAAUCUAUGAAAUUGUCAAAAUCGAUGGUUGUUUUCGUCGUAGUGAUUAUUCGGCCUUGGCCACCGGAUCGUGUAAUUAUCCCAUAGUAUCUCAACUUAUAAGACGAUCGCGUAAUAAUUCGUCGUCUUCCAUGUGUGGAGGGGUGAAUAAUAACGGCAUGAAUGGAGGUGGUGGUGGUAGUGGUUUAUUCAUACCUCAUCUUAUGCAGCAUGAUGCCAUUGCGCAGGCAGCUUUACAUGGUGUCAGUGGAAAUGACAUUGUUCUCGUGGCAAUGGCUCGUAUUAUAAGACCACCAAAAAUACUGAAUUACUCCUUGGAAGCUAAUCGUUUAGAAUAUAAAACACGCCAUUUAAUCGAUGGUCGUAUUAUUGAUUGUGAUAAUCGUAUUGGUUUGGUAGCUGGUUAUUUAAAAGACGAGGUUCGAAAUUUAAGUCCAUUUUCUUUUAUGCAUCAAGACGAUGUUCGUUGGGUCAUUGUGGCUUUACGUCAAAUGUACGAUUGUAACAGUGAUUAUGGUGAAAGUUGUUAUCGACUAUUGUCGCGAAAUGGCAAUUUCAUCUACUUAAACACCAAAGGCUAUUUGGAAAUCGAUAAAGGCACUAAUAAAGUACAUUCCUUUGUUUGCGUUAACACAUUGCUGGACGAGGAAGAAGGCAAACGUAAGGUACAAGAAAUGAAGAAUAAAUUUUCGAUUAUAAUAAAUGCUAAGGUGCCCACAAAUACUAUGCAAGAUGUUCCAGCAUCACAAAAUCCCCAACAAUUGGAGAGAAUAGUUUUGUAUUUAAUAGAAAAUUUACAAAAACGUCAAACAAAUGCUUGUGUGGUCGAUGAAAUACACUCGGAAGAUGAUGUUAAGCGUCAUACGACAACACCACCAUUGGCGUUGGUGCCGCCAGAACCGGUAUCUGUAAUAAACUCAAUUUCCAAAUCUGUAAGUGUUGUAAUUGCAACAGCAGCUAAAAGUUUUGCAGUACAAAAUAACCAAAAUAAUAACAACAAUAAUCUUAAUAAUAACACAAGUAACAACAACAAUAAUAAUAAUAAUAAAACUACAGAUGAUUUAACGCAAACAGAUGAACAAGAAUUCAAUAAUGAAACUUUGCUAAAACGUCCCAGUGUAUUGCAAAUGCGAGCUAAACCACAAUGUCAGGAUGCAACAUUUAGUUUAUAUUCCUCGUCGCCCACAUCAUCUAAUUUAAAUUCACCUGACAACUACAUUGAUAACAAUAAUGCUCAGCAUGUAUCUGUUCUUAAGCGCAUACGUGUGGAUACUUCAACGUCGACGACGCCCUUUAAAGAAGAAGAUGAUGAUGAUGCUUAUCAUACACCACAACCAGCAAAACGUACACUAAGUAAUUCUUCCGCCACCUCCACACUCUCUUCAACAUCAUUAUCUACCACCUCCUCGCCUACAACAAACUCUUGUUUACUAUCACCCAACGAAAGGAAUGAUAACGAUGCUGAGAUUCAUGAUUUUAUAUCGUCACAUCUACGUCAAGUCGGAGAGUCAUUAAAUUGUAUUGAUGCUCAAACGUCUAAUUUACGUCUACAUUGUUCCAGUCGUCUACCCACUUGUCUGGAUAAUAAAUUAGAUGCCAUUAUCAUUGAACAGAAAAAACAAAGUGAGUUUUUAGUUAAUAUUAAAAACGAAUAUGAGGUUUACAAAGAACAACAACAGUUCACCCCUAAUUCACCAAAAUAUACGCAAAAUCGACAAGGUCAAAAACAACAACAACAGCAGCAGCAUCAACUUUCAUCACCGGAUAUACUUUAGUAAGGACACAGUUAGUUACAUUGAAUGAUUAAAUGAUUGCCUGUCGUCUGUCUAUCUGUCUACAUAAUUGUUUGUUUGUCUCUACGUUUUUGUUCAUGUAAGUAUAUUAAAUUUAAUAAUGCUUACUAUUGUUAUUAUAAUUAUAUUUAAGUACCUACCAACCUACUACAUAUGUAUGUAAAUGUAUGUAUGUUAGUUAUUGUAUGUAUGUAUUUAUUUCCAUCUAAGCUAUUACUCUUUCUUUUUCAUCUAGUUAAAGUCCAUCUAAUGGAGUGGUAUUGAAAUUUUUAAGUAUGCAAGAACAAAUAAUACUAAUUUUUUUUAUAAUAUUCUUUAUUAAUUUAUCUAUUUAAGUCUGUAAUUACAUAGAAAUGUUUAUGAUAAUUUCACUUUGAAUUCCUUAAUUUAUUCUAUAAAAGAAAAAUAAUUUCCUUUUCAAUUCCUUAAUUUAAUUUUAAUAACAUAGUUUUGAAAAAAUAAAAAAAUAAUAAUAAUAAUUGUCAAUACGUUGGGAUAUGUAAGAGUACAUGUUGUUGUGUUUGUCACAGUUUGGUUUGUGUGAAAUUUAUAUUAUAAUUCAUGAAUGAGAUGAAAUUAACAAACAACAACUUUGCAAUGUUUAACAAAACUUCACACAAAACAAAUUUGCGCUCCUAUAAACUUACAUGUCAGACGUUAAAUUAUUACUAAAAAGAAAAAAAUAUUAUCUCAUUUGAAAAUGCAGACUUCUUUUAAUAAUUAAUUAAAAAUAAUACUAAUUAAGAAGACACUUUAUAUCUCGAAAAUGUUCAAUUAAAUAACAGACCAAUAUAAUGAUAAUAAGAUUACAACAUUAGUAAAUCUUGAUUGACUUGAUUGAAUGAACCUUAAAAACUGCCCUUUUUUAUAAAAAUUCUAAAUUAAAUUUUCUUUUUAACUAAAAUCUGCCUUAAGAAGAAAACAAAUUAUAAAUGUAGUUGGUUGAUUUGUUUAUAUUUUUUUUUGAAAUAUUUGUGUAGUUAUUAUAAUUUAAUAAAUUAUAUAAUCAUUAGGCCAAAUUUAUGUUUUUGUUGCUUAUUAUUAUUAUUAUACAUAAUUGUUUUUUGUUUAUUUACACACCUAACAAGUAGUAGUCAAUCUUUCUUAGUAAAAAAUCAUUUAAAUAAAAAAGUAAAAAAAACUUGUUCAAUUAACAUGUUUAUAAAAAAUGUUCUUGCUGUAAUUGUAUUAAAU